CUCAAGGUCUUCCGGGCUCAUGAUUCCGUUGUUGAAUCCCACGCGUCGAGGCGGCCUUCGGGCUUCUUCAAGAAUCUGCUGCUGAGGAUGCAGCGAGAGAUCGACGGCGCCCUAUGGUGGGAUAAAUACGAGAGCGCAAAGAUGUUCUGGUCCCCUGAAUUGACGCUGAGAAGCCAGUACCUAUCCCAGAAGAGGCGCCACGACCGAUCAGUCAACCGCACGGCACCAGUGCUCUUUGGCAACCAUCUCGGAUCGCAUUCGGUGCCAGUUCCCGGAAGCUGUGCAAUUACUCCCGUCGCUGCAAACAGCCAUGGACGAUCCGUUCCAGCAAAUCGAUCUGGGCUGUCUGUGUCGGCGAGCCACUAUUCUGCCGCAGUUCCUCCUCUGCAUCAAGAGGCAUUGCACCGCCAUGCGAUGUCGGCGUCCGCUGGGUAUCCGUCCGCCUAUGUCCCCGCUUCACAUAGCACGUUGGCCCCAGACAAUUUGGCUCGAGCUCCAGAUGCUGGUAGCUCAGCAAGACUCCCACCAGACAACGAUUUCUUCUCGACGUCGAGACCUGCCGUGGGGCCAUUUCCGGUCUCUCCGGAGCCUGUGUAUGACUCGACCUUUCUGCUGGACGACAGCUAUCGGACUGGACACUCCAAUCGCUUUCAUUCGGGAAUCAUCGAACCGUCUGCUCGAGCUUCCACCCUCCAGGCCAUGCAGCAGCCCUCGCCUCCUGUCAGAGACAUGCCUACCGACCUUUCAAAGUCUGUGCGUCCAAACGAGGAUGGGCAAGGACUCCAUCCAAGCUCAGGACAUGACUUUGAUCACUCGCGAAACGCACGAGAGUCUGGCCAGCUCAAGCUUGCUCGGGCUUUCCAUUCUUGGCGCAGCUUUGCAAUUGAUUCAAAGCGCAAACGCAAGCGCCUGGUCGCCAUGUGGAUCGUGGCCAUCAAGUGGUGGAAGGAACGCAAGCUUCGCGGGUCGAUGAGGCUGUGGCGAGAUAAGGCCUAUCAGAUCAGGGAGUUUUCCAUCUGGCAGGCAAAGCGAGCGGUGUUCAACGCACUGCUACUGAACGUUGUCAAGAUCAGGAUAUCAGUCGACCGGUUCGCCAAUUCCCACACUGUAGCGCGCUUCUUCCAGCUUUGGGUCCAGAAGCUUCGUGCACGAUCUCAAAACCAAGAGAAGGAGGACACGACCGCCCAGGCUGUGCAAAUCAAAAAGAAUACUCACCUGAUCCAGGAGUCGAUGAUGAUGUGGAUUAGUGAGACACGGAUCAAGAAGCUCGAUCAGAGCAAGCAAGAGAUUUUGCAGCGACGCUGGGCCCAGCGGCUCAAGAUCCAAGCCUGGAAUGUCUGGCGGAUGCGGAUCAAGCUUGAGAAGCGUGGACAUCGCCUCCUCCAUACCAAUCAACUCAAUCUCAUAACUCGUCUGUUUGUGCACUGGAGGAGGAGGAUGCUGGUUCAGCGAUAUCGCGACGAAACGUACUGCCGACUCGCUGUCGAGUCCGAAUCGAGACGUACCGUGCGGUUCUUUCGAUUGUGGCUUGACAGAACUCGGCUGCGAAAGACCGAUCAUCACAAACACCAGAAGGCAAUUGCCCAUCACGAAAAGGCAUCCAAGUCUCGGGCCCUCGAGGUGUGGAAGCACUGGUACUUUUUGCACACCAAGGAGCGGUAUCUCCAUCAGCUCAUGGAUCGGGAGGCCCAAACAAAGGCGUUUCAUCGAUGGGCGAUGCAAUACAAACUGCGCAAGCGAGUCAAGACCAUGGCUCUCCGGCUGUGCGCCGGCAAAGUUUUCCAGGCAUGGCUAAGCUGGGCCCGCCGAAAGAGGGACUUGAACCGAAAGUCGAACGAGUUCCUGCAAGCAGCAAGCGUAUUGGGGUUGCGGACAAGUAUGACCAUUUGGAGUGGAGCUCUGAGGACGAGACAGAAUUUUGCCGAAAAAUUACGCACAUAUCAAGCUGCACGCUCAACGAAUAUCAAGCAAAGCUGCUUAAGAUUGUGGAUGACGGCUCUACGAUAUAAGGCGUUUACUGUGGUGGCAGCCUUUGGCCAGAAGAAGAGAGCCCUCGCCGCAUGGACCAGGGUGCACAGGCAUGUUUCGGUGGUGCUUACGGAACGCCUGGUUACGUUUGUGAGCGUCCAGGACAAAGCCUACCUGAUUCAGGCUUUCGCUCAGUGGAGGACUCAAUUGAAUGCCAUUCAAACCAACUGGACCCUCGGAGGCACGAAAUCAACCGAGUUUACCUUGCGGGUCGCAUUUGCGCAGUGGAAGCGAGAGCACGAUUCACAUAGUUGCUCGGAUCAGUCGGCUCGCCAGUUUGCAGUCCAGCACGCCCAACAUCACGCUUUCGGAGUUUGGACCCAGAGGCACACCCAGAUAAAGGAGCAGCGCAUGAUGGAGGAGCACGCAAGGAUUCAAGAGAUCUGCCGCACUCAGCUUAUAUGGAACUCCUUCAGAUCAUGGCACAAGUUCACCAGAACCAUGCGCACUCUUGACACGAGCCUGAAGUCGGUCCAGGAGAGCCAUAUGACGCGGCUGCAAGUGAUUUACUUCCAACGUUGGUGGCUCGGGGCCAAGCGACUGAAUCGUGCCAUGCUGGUUGCCAAAGCUUUUCGCCACGGAAACCUCGCUCGCCAUGUUCUGGACAAGUGGCGUGUGCGACUCGCACAAGAGCGGACGCAUGCAGCAACCGUGAAAAGAAUCGAGUCCAAGACGCAGCAGAGUCUCGUUCAUCGGUCCUUUGCUAUUUGGAAGCUGUUGUAUCAAAAGUCCGCGCGACUGCUUGAUAUUGAGCGGAAAGUGAUCCAGCAAUCUGGCGUGCGUCGGCUGUGCCUCUUUGUCGCCAAGUGGAGAAGCAAGUGCGAAUCAAACCGGGCCUCAAAGAUGGAACACGCCGCGGUGGAAUUAUUUGGUCGGCGGCACAGGCGAAAGCACUUUAUCAAAUGGAUCGGCAUCUGGAAUGCUGCACGAUCCAAGAGAAUGAUGAAAGUCAAGCUUAUGCGUCACAUCUGGUCGAUGUGGAGAGACAAAUAUCUGGAAAGCUCGAAUGGAUGGCUGGCCGAGAGACUGUAUCUCAAACGCCUGAUGGGAAUUGUACUUCGCAACUGGAUCUGGCGAUACCGACGGAAGCUCAUCUGUGGAGGCAAGGAUGCUGGUCUGGACGACGACCCAGGAGGGCACUUUUUGCAUGGACUUAGACAAAACUGCGAUCGCUCCGCCAUGCCACAGUAUACGUGCAACAUGUCAUCCGUUUCGCUCAAGUCCUUCAGCGGCAUGUCUACUAUUUCACGAAUUUUACAUACCACGGAUGUCCUCUGUCCGCUUGCAUGCGAUCCAUACCAGGGAUACUCGAGCAAGCGGUGGAUUGGAAACGCCCACUCGAGUCUUCCGCUCUUUGCCUCAUCCAGAGCUGGCAGUCUCUACUCAAGUCGCGCUCUACCAUCAACUGGAGGCCCACCACAAGCGAGCAUGAAGAUCCGAGACUCACACAUCCUAGGGACAUACUUUGAUCGAUGGCAAACAUACAAUAUCCGUCGGAAACAGCUGCUGGAACUGAGUCAUGGCUUCCGUGUUCAGCAUCUAAAACAAAGUGCAAUGGCGUUUUGGCAACGACGACUAGUGCUGAUGCGACGACAGAAGCAGGCUGUCAAGAUCGAUAAAACGAACGCCAUCCGAUCGGCGCUGCGCAAAUGGAAGAUCGCACUCACAAGGAAGGAAAGAAUGGAGAAGGCAGCCUCGAAGAUGUACCAAAAAUGGGACAGCCGCUUGCUGAAGCGGUCGCUCGCCGCCUGGCAUAACCAAAGCCAAGUCGCUUUCGCGAACGAGGAAGUUGCCGCGCAGCUCCGCGAACGUCGCAUCACAGCGAGGUGCUUUGGGGUCUGGAAGGACAGGGAUACCCGUGUCGCCCUGUCCAUGGACGUCAGCUACCGUCGAUAUGCCUCGGAUCUAAUAACCAGAUUCUGGAGGCUUUGGAAAGCUCGCCGUGAUUUGGCGAUGCAGCAAAGACGUGAAGACCGCCAAUGGGAUCUCGCUUGCCAACACUCGGUGAGCCGCCUUUCUCACCGAUUCCUGCAGUUGCUGCGACACCAAACCGAAUUACGCAAGCGCGUGGUAUCCUGUGCCGCCAAAAGGUUUCUGGUGCACAUUGCCCGCACCUGGUUCAGAAAAUGGCUGAGCCUGCGUCAGCAACACCAAACUUUCCGGAAGAUGGAAGAUGCUGCUGACGAAUGGCACGAACAACAGGCGAUCAAGUGGACUGUGACUGUUUGGCGGACAAGACUUUAUCAGCUCCAGCUUGAACAGCACGCCGCAGCGACAUAUCAUAGAAACCUGGUUAUCGAAUCGUGGAAUGCAUGGUAUAGCAGACUGGCAAGCAUUCUCAAUGAGAGACUCUCGAAUCAGAUGUACAUGCGCCAUUUCCUCGCCCAGGCGUGGGUCACAUGGAGGAGCGGCUUCCACUGCCGGCAAGGUAUACGAGCGAUAGAGAGCAAGGCCGAUAUUCUGACAGCACGAAGGCACAGCAAAGCCAUCAAAGCAGCAUUCCAUGCCUGGCAAUCCAAAGUGAAACAUCGCCAUCGUCUGCGCUCGCAUGAAAGACAGCUGUUGGUCAACAUCGCUCAUCGGCAGGGUGGCCGGCCCGCAGAUGCCCGCGAAAUGACAAACGAAGUGCUCCGGGACAUGAUAAACUGCAGGGCGGCGUUCAAUCUCUGGAGGCGGAAGCUCACGAUUCAAACAAAAGUCAAGAAACUACAUAAGGACCAUCUUCUCCGGAGGGCUUUGAUGCACUGGCAAAUCGUAACAACACAAUCCAGCAUAUGCGAGUCGCAAAAGGUCAUUCUCUUCACCCAGACCCAGGCCAAUCGAAAGCUCUCCAUCUCUCUCUGGGUUUGGAAAGAGCACUAUCGUGCCAAGAUUGCCCGAAAAACACGAAUAUCGGUGCUAAGUAGGCACUUUGCUCGGUGGCGACUCGCCGUCGAUGCCGCGAAGGAACAGCAAGACCGUCAGGCAGUGUAUAUCGAGCAGUCUCUCCAGCGACGCUUCUUCUCAACAUGGCGACGCAGCAUGGGAAUGAGGAUUGCAGACUCUCAUAGUUCUCAGAGGCGAUUGCACUUUGCGUGGAAUCAGUGGAAGCUUUUCCAGAGGCUUGCAAAGCGAGAGCAUGAGGAGUCUGUCAACACUCUGCAAGCCAAACAUCGGAAAGCCGUGGUCGCCGCAGCAUUCGAUCUGUGGAGACAGCGUACUGCCCAGCGAAACGAGCGACGGCAGCUUGCCAGGCUCAAGAGAAAGGUUUUUACAGUAUGGCGAGAUUGGGCCAGCAUCGGCGGUCUUGCAAAGCGAAUUGCGCUGCAAAGGAGCUUCCGGCGAUGGGUGUGGCAUCUUCACAUCCAUCAAGCGACGAAUGUGGACGCCCAACGCUACCGGCAACACCGGAUGCUGCAGCUGUCAUUUGAGUAUUGGCACUGGCUUGCCGUCAAGAGAGCUCAGCAUCGCCGGUCAAGUGCUCUCCCACCCCGCCCAUCGACUGCGAGAGCAGCGCUUCACCAAACGGAAGGGGCACGCGAAUGCUUUGUGAUCCCCGACGAUACUGUCGCAGUUGCUCGCUCCCAGAAUCUGGUCUCAAUCCAGGACAUCCAAGCUCGCAUGAGCGUUGUCGAUUACCUGCGACUGGACGAUCUGUGCAAUGCAUUCAGACUGCGAAAAAUGCGGCACAAGAUAUGGGAGCCGUGGAAGACAAAGACCAAGCAGCAUAUCUUUGAGACGCAGCGGAAGCUGAUCUUUGUUAUAUCCUGGUCAGAGAAAUGUAUCCAACGGAAAGUGCUACUGGGAUGGCAUCAGGUUGUCAGUGACAAAGCCGCAGGCACCGCUCGACCUUCGUUGGUGCGCAUCAACUCCAAGGCAGACAUUGUCAAUGACAACCUGAUCCUUGGCCAGAGCUUCGAAAAGAUGAUGGAGGGCUGAAAGCGUUGCCUGAGCAGCUUGGAUGCUCAUAGCCACCUUGGCGUAUUCGCCAUAAACUGGCCAGCGGCAAUGGCCUAGGCGCCAAUGUGCGCCGUUCGCCACGAGGGCGAAUGUGCGGUCGAUAGCUUGUAUAAUGACCAGCAGAAUCCGGGCACCUUGACACCACGAGUGAGGUGGUCGUACACUUGUAAAUGAAAUACGGCACGAUGUAUUUGUAGCGAUAACUGCCACACAAC